UCCAUCUCUAGUAUGUAUACGAGAUGUGCCGCUGUCCGUCGUAGGGUGCAAGGUAAUGAUCGACCGGUGGCAUGCACGAUACGUCCAAGUUACAUUGUACAUUUUUUAAAUUAAUUUUACUUUUAGUAUAGUUGAUGAAUUAGUAUUUUAAGAUUUACUUUUUUCAGUUUAUAAGUUUUAAAAUGAUAUAAAUGUACUCAUUUUACAAAAAAAAAUCGUUUGUUUGUUGUUUUCUUUGUAAAUAAUAUUGUAGAUAAUCACUGCCGGUAAACAUUUACCUGUUAACUGAGAAUUUGGCCCUUUUGUAAGAGUCCAACGGCCAGUAUUGGUUUUUGUUGUUUUGCUUAGUUUCUCUGAAAAACGGCGUGGCUUCAAUAAAAUAUGCCGAAGAAAACUUCUGAAAAACCGCCUACAGUGUCUAAAGGACCACCAGACGGUGGAUGGGGUUGGUUUGUCGUAUUUGGGUCUUUCAUGAUACAUAUAGUCACCGAUGGUGUGACUUAUUCUUUUGGUGAAAUACAUAAGGAACUCGUUAAGGUGUUCAAUGAAAGCCAAGCAGCCACCGCAUGGAUAGUGUCUCUUCUAGUCGGCAUCACGUUGUGUUCAGGACCAAUCGCAAGUAUUUUUGUUAACAAGUAUGGUUGUCGAGCAGUAACAAUAGCUGGAGCAAUAUUGGCUAGUGUUUGUUUGGCUGUUAGUGUAUUGGCCACCAACGUACGAAUCCUCUAUGGGACAAUCGGUGUCGGAACAGGUUUGGGAUUUGGUAUGAUUUACUUACCGGCCAUCGUAAGCGUUACUUGCUAUUUUGAAAAAUACCGUUCUUUAGCCACUGGUAUUGCUGUCUGUGGUUCAGGGUUGGGAACUUUUAUAUUUUCUCCUCUAGUUGCUGACUUAAUAACUAACAAUGGUUGGCAAGCUACAGUUUUGGUUAUAGCUGGACUGGUAUCAUUAUGUACUCUUUUUGGACUGCUGUUUAGGCCGCUUGAUACUGAAGAAGUCACGAGUGAAAAUGCCACUGUAGUCCUCAAUAUAGUUGAGCCGGAAUGUCAACCUUUAAACAAUGGGGGUAAUAACUGUGGAAGUUUACAAUCAUUUGACGACACACACAAGUUUGAUGACCGAAAGAUCUCACAGAAUAUGAUUCUAUCAAAUGAAGUAAACACCAACACGUUCGGCAAUGACUUAGACAAAAAGUCUCCUAUGUCUAGAUUUACUCUUAGUCAACCCGAGCUUAUUGUGACCAGUGGUCGCACUGGUUCCAACAAUCACCUGAAUCUACAGCGUAAUGACGUAUGUUACGCUAGUCAAACAACUCUGAAGCCUAUGCCGCAUGGUAUUAUGUAUCAAAAAGACAUAUUUUACAGUGGAAGCAUAAAAAAUGUUUCAGAAAAUCGCAGGAGGUGCUUUUUUAUAAAUAGUUGCUUAGGUUAUUUACAACCAUUCCUGAAAACAACUGUUUCACAAUCUACAACUGGUGUACAUACAGAACAUGGUGCUCACUUUGAACAUGAAAAAUCAUCAGGUAUCUGUUGCCCUCCUGAUGCAGUAGACACCAUUAAACAAAUGCUUGAUCUUUCAUUGUUAAAAGAUCCUAUUUUUAUAUUGUUCACUAUUUCAAAUUUUCUUACUAGUAUUGGUUUUAACAUACCAUACGUCUUUCUAUCACCUCAAGCAGAAACUUUUAAAGUUUCAAAACCUGAAUACCUAUUAUCUGUCGUGGGUGCUGCUAACACUCUUGGAAGGAUUGUAUUGGGAUUCAUUUCUGAUAAACCAUGGGUCAAUCGGUUGAUGGUAUACAAUCUAUGUCUUACAAUUUGUGGUGUUGCAACUAUCUUAAGUGUUUAUUGUGUCGACUUAAUUACAUUUUCUAUAUAUGCCUCGGUAUUUGGUUUUACUAUUGGAGCAUAUGUUGGUCUUACAUCUGUUAUUUUGGUCGAUCUUUUAGGUCUUGAUAAAUUGACUAAUGCAUUCGGUGUUUUACUUCUUUUCCAAGGGAUUGCCUCUCUUAUUGGACCCCCACUUGGAGGAUUAUUGUAUGAUAAAACAAAAUCUUAUGACCCUGCGUUUUGUUUGAGUGGUAUAAACAUUGCUGUAAGUGGAAUCAUGCUGUUUUCAAUACCUUAUGUUCAAAGAUAUUGUCGACGAAAAGAAAUAGAAAAAAUGACUGCUAUGAAUUAAUUAAUAGAACGAAUUGAAAGGUGAUUUCUCUGUAUUUAACUUAAAUUUUUUAUUUUGCAUAAAAAAAAGAAGAUGUGUAAUUGUAAUUUUUGAAGUAUGCUAUUAGUAUUUACGUGUAAAUUACAAUUUUGUUUAACUUUACACUUCAACACAUUUUAUAGUUUUUUUCACUUUCAUCACAUUUAAGAUAUAUUUCUCCAAUGAAAUAUUUCUUGUCUCCAAAAAUCGUUGCUCAAAUACGCCAUGAUUUUGUAUUUUUAUUAUUGAUAAUUAUUUACUAUUAUAUUUGUUAUUUUUCUUUUAAAAAUGAGUAAUUUUUACUUAGAUGAUACUUCAAAUAAUCUUAAACUAAAGUGAUAACUAUAGUUUUUAGAGUAAACUUUAUUUUACCCUAUUUUUAUAAGCUUUCUUUUUAUUAACUUAAAUCAUCAAAAAGACAAGAUGUAAGUAUAUACUCAAACAUUUUUAUAAGACUUGUUUUUUAUAAAUAUAUAUGUAAACAUAUUUAUUUAAAAAAAUGUUUAUCUAAUUAUUGAUGUAUUUUUAUACUAAAAUAUUACCAAACAGAGAUUGUUGUAUAUGAGUAAAAAGUAUAUUAUAUAGAUUUUUAAUUUUUAUUUUAAAAUAAAAAUAAGUAACGAGUAUUAUAAAAUAUAUAUAUAUAUAAAUAUAUCUUCCUAAAAACUAAUGUUUGUUAUUGUAGUAAAUAAUGAUUUACUUGUAAAAUUUGGUAUUAUUAUCAGUCUUACAUGAAAUUUUUUAUAUAUUGUUGAUAUUUUUGUUUUAUGUAUACAAAUAUAUUAUUUGAUAAACAUGAAUUUGAUACUCAAAGUUUUUACGAAUUUAAAAGUGAUAUUUUCUCAAUUUAAAAUAUAUGUAACUUGAUACUUAUUAAAUAGUAAAAAUUUUUAAGAAAAUGUGCUGCUGAAGUCAUUUGAUUCAAGUAAUCACAAAAUUGUAGUGUAAUAUUAUUAUUCUAAUUUUGUGAGUUUCAUUUUUGUAUGGUAUAAUUGUAUUAAUUUUUUCUUUGUUAUAAAUAUAUACAUAAUUUCCAAGUCUUUUAUAACUAAUAUAAAUUGUAUGAAUUUUAAAAGUACCUCUAUGUACCAGUUUUGGAAAAUAUUUUAGUUUUUAUACAUUUUGAAUGUUUAAUUAUUAAAGAAUAAUGAGGCCAUGUUUAAUAUUAAGUAUUAACUAUGUACAUAAGAGAUUAUUGUUACCUUUAGAAACUAUUGCAGGUAUAUUUUUAAUAAAUGCUUUCAAUGUAUAAUUCACUA